AUGCUAUUCAAACGCCGCUCCUCUUCGCAGAAUUUAGCCACAGAACAGACUCAUGCUCCUAAAUCCGGCCAUCUCUCGCCGAGUAAUGCCUCCUUCUCAAGCUAUCACACACCUGAAACGAUCGAAGAAGCCCUAGCACUUUCGGAGACGCCUCCACGACCUCCUCCGCACCGUAUCAUAAAUGCCUCGCAUAUACGACAGCCUCUUGAGCGUACGCAAUCCUCAGAAUACUAUCUGCAUAUUUUGAAGGAGCCUAGGAGUAGGAAAAAGGACCCCGCCACGAUUCACACCGAUGCCACAGCCACCCAACCCGCUUUCGAGAGCGACGCAUUCGCGAUUCAAAUGCCGACCACACGCGAGCCGGUACUGGUGGAUCAGCCAAUCUUCAGCGCGAAGUUGCCGUCACCCUCGCGAGAUCAGGUCGAAGCAUAUCGGACGUACAAGCAGAAGGCACAGCAGGUGCGGGAAAGGAACCAUAGCGAGGGGGUGCGCGUGCCGUCGAAAAUCGUUUCAUACGACUACGCAUAUACCGCAGACGCUGAACAGCCUCCGCCUCUCGAGCGACAUGUGAGCCUGCCGGGCAGCCCACCGCCGCAGUUCUCACCCGCGGGUGCCUUCCCAAUAAGCCCGCCACUAGCACAGCACGCAUGGACGCGGUCCAAUCACCCCGUUCGAAUGCAAGGCUCGCGGUCUAUGAGCGACUCGAGCGGCAUCACCAUCGCACGAAAGCCCGUCGGCCUCGGAAACGUCGGCUCCUCCUCUCGCCCACGAUAUCAACACGGGGACGCAGAUACUGGCGCCGCGCGCUCCACGCCAUCCACCCGCUCAUCGACGCCCACGCCAACGAAGAUCAAAGUGCGCCUCAAGCCUAGGACCACCGACCCCGACCGCCCGCAGAAAGAGUCGUGGUGGGGUCUAUACAACCGCUCGCCGCAAUCCUCGACCGACGGCUCGCGCUCGCCCAGUCCAACAAAGCCGCCCAGCUUCGCCUCCGCAACACCCGCCGCUACAAACACAGUCUUUGGAUACAGAAGCAACGAUACUACGGGCACACCAGCGCGGACAGCGCCUACGACGCCCAAGAAGGCGCCACCUAAGCGCCCGCUCACCAGUCGCUGGGCCUGGCUCAGGCCGGCGGGUCCUCGCAUCACUAAGCCCGCUGCGACUCACGAUGCACUUGCUGCAGCUGCAAGAGCGACUGCGUAUGUCGAUCCUUUUGCCCUGCACGCAACGCCCGCGCCCACUCAUCCCAGUACGCCGAUCGCAUCGCGACCAGCCUCGCCGAAGAAGCUCGCUCGUGCCGCUCCACCCCCGCCUCCUAGCAAAAGCGAGAAGGGUAAGUUUGAGACUGGGUUCGCGCAGAUUACGAGCCUGAUAUCCAUCAUACUGAGGGUGUGCUUGUUGGUGUAUGCGCUCGUGGGCUUGUACUUCCUGCUCGAUGCUAUCCGGGAGGCUGUCCACGCGCUUGGGGCACCCUUUAGAGCGAUGAAGAUGGUGGCAGGGUGUGUUUGGAUUGGAUGUGCGUGGGUGGCGAGGGUGCUGGGUAGAGGGUGGGAGAGGUGGGGGGUUAGGAUUGCGCUGAAGGGCGGUUGGAAGGGGCGGUGGUGGUGA